CUCGCUUCCUCCUGCACUUCCUUCCCAGCAGCCACGCGAGGACAGGGCUUGGGGAGAGAUGGCAGAGGUGAAGAGAGAGAAUUUCGGGCACAUGCCCAUGGAGGAUGGAGGGGGGGAGGUGGAGAAAUUUGUGCUGCAGUCAGACAGCGUCAGAGUGGAAAUCCUGUCCCUCGGGUGCAUAAUCGCCGCACUGGAGACAAGAGACAGGGCCAAGCAGUUUGCAGACAUUGUCCUGGGCUUUGACACGCUAGAAGGUUACACGAGGAAGCACCCCUUCUUUGGAGCUGUGGUAGGCCGUGUUGCCAACAGGAUUGCCAAAGGGAAGUUCACCAUGGACGGAAAAGAGUAUCAGCUGUUCCUCAAUAACGGGCCCAACUCACUGCACGGAGGAGCCAGGGGCUUCGACAAGGUUCUCUGGAGCCCUCAAAUCCUCCCAAAUGGUGUCUGCUUCUACCGGCUCAGCCCUGACGGUGAGGAGGGCUACCCCGGUGAGCUGAAGGUCUGGGUCACCUACACGCUCAAUGGCAGCGAGCUGGCUAUCAACUAUCGAGCCCAGACUAGCAAGAAGACACCCAUCAGCCUGACAAACCACGCAUACUUCAACCUGGCAGGGCAGGGCUCACCUGACAUCUAUGACCAUGAGAUUUCUAUUGAAGCGGAUUCCUACCUGCCCGUGGAUGACACCAAGAUACCAACCGGGGAGGUGGCUGCCGUGCAGGGCACUGGCUUUGACCUCCGUCAGCCGGUGCAGUUGGGGAAGCACCUGAAGCAGUUCCACCUGGAUGGCUUCGAUCACAACUUCUGCCUGCCGCUGGGGCGGGCUCGGCGCCUUGUGGCCAGGGCUCACCACCCGCCCAGCGGCAGGACCAUGGAAGUUCACACCACUCAACCUGGCCUCCAGUUCUACACUGGGAACAACCUGGACGGCUCCCUGAAGGGCAAAGGUGCUGCCACCUACCCCAAGCACUCAGCUUUCUGUCUGGAAACCCAGAACUGGCCCGACGCUGUCAACAAGCCUCACUUCCCCAGCCCUCUGCUCCUGCCCGGGGAGGAAUACAACCACACUACCUGGCUCUGCUUUGGCACUGCCUGAGGAGAGAGGCCAGUUCCUGCUGCAGGAAGGGAGCAGCCAUUAAAGCAGAACAGCAGACCAAGGAACAAGGUGGGCAGAGAGCAGUCUCCACUGAACAAGGCAGCUACCUGAAGACAUCCAGGUCACCUAUGCCAGCCACAUAUCUGACAAGCUGUCAAGAAACAUGCACUAUGCUCACUUAGCAUGGAAACAAUAAACCACAACAUUUGGGAACAUUAAUGGCAUCCCGUAUUUCUCUCAAAUCUGGUAUUCUAAAGGUACACUGGAUGGUACAAAAUAACUCGGUGUAGUGGUUAUCACACAAUUAAUUCAGCUACUGCAAAGUGACACUUGUGAAUGAAUAGACAAGUACUCAAGACAGUUGGAAACAGCUGUAACUGCACUAGAAAGUCCUUUAGCACUUUCCAGAUUACGAUUCUUUACGAAGAAAAAAAAAAUAGCAAACAUCUAGACUUUAUCUGAUAUGCUAGACAACUAAUAAUGCAAACUAAUGAAAGCAGUACUUCUGAUCACCAUAAGGACCUAGAUAUCACGGGCAUGUUAAAACACACAUGCACAAGCCAACAAGCUAAACAGACCAAACAAGAGAAAGUACAGUCUUCUGCAUUAACCUAUAGAAGCUUCAGAACCCUGAGUUACUAGAGGGAACAUUUGCUUUUUCCUCAGAAUAUUAAUGUCUGUCAAAAGACCUUGACAGUCUCAACUAACUUUACUAUGUUUACCUCAGCUACGUAACCUACCUGCUUCGGGGCCAUGUAACAGAUCUGGAUCUCGACCUUGAUCUUGAUCUCGACCUAAAAUGAAAAAUAUAAUCAAAGACUGAUACAGCACUACAUAACGUUCAUACAUUGAAAUAUAAAUCCUGCAUGAUGGUUUCACAUUUUAGGCACCAAAAUUCAACAUGGGAUAUACAACUCUCUAGGGUCUUAAAAACUAACAGGAUUACUGUAAAUUUAACUAGAAUUACCAGACUAAGAAUAUUUCUAAAAGUUUCUGAAACAACAACAAAAACAAAACUGAAAACUUCUAAGAAAUUAUUAAUUACCUUGAUCUCUUCAAGGAACCCGAGCGGGACCGGCGUGGAGACACAGAUCUAGACCUACGAGGUGAAACCGACCGCGACCUACGAUAGGAAGCAGACCUGGACCUGCAGAAAAGUCAAAUAAAGUUCUUCAGUUGCAGAAACAGCUCUAAGCCAAUCAAGGAAACAAGAAGCAGCAAACAUAAGCAUACCUCCUACCACGGCUUCGACUGCGUGAGCGAGAAUACCUUCUUCCUCGGGACCUGGAGCGGGAUCGAGACCGGGACCUGGUUUUAGGUUAGAGAAAACACGUAUCAGAAAACAGCCUCAGCCAACAGUGCUCGUGAGGCCCUGCUGAAGUCAAAACUUUCAGACAACUAA